AUGCUCCUGUGUCCGGUGAUCCGGAAGCUGCAGCACAAGCGCGUGGUGUUGGCCAGCUCCUCCCCGCGCCGCCAGGAGAUCCUCAGCAAUGCUGGCCUCAGGUUCGAGGUGGUCCCGUCCAGGUUCAAGGAGAAGCUGCACAAGGCCUCGUUCGCCACCCCGCAGGCGUACGCCGUGGAAACGGCCAAGCAGAAGGCCCUGGAGGUGGCCGGCCGGUUGCACCAGAAGGACCUGCGUGCCCCAGACGUGGUCAUCGGAGCCGACACCAUCGUGGCGGUCGGGGGACUGAUCCUGGAGAAGCCGGUGGAUAAGCAGGAUGCCUACCGCAUGCUGUCGAGGCUCAGCGGGACGGAGCACAGUGUCUUCACGGGCGUGGCCGUCGUCCACUGCUGCACCAAAGACGGCCAGCUGGACACCUGGGUGUCCGAGUUCUACGAGGAGACCACGGUGAAGUUCUCGGAGCUGUCGGAGGAGCUGCUGUGGGAAUACAUCGACAGCGGGGAGCCCAUGGACAAGGCCGGCGGCUACGGGAUCCAGGCGCUGGGUGGGAUGCUGGUGGAGUACGUGCGCGGCGACUUCCUCAAUGUGGUGGGCUUCCCGCUGAACCGCUUCUGCAAGGAGCUGGCGCGCCUCUACCACGCACCCUGGGCCCCCGGCGCCCCGCGGCGGACCCACUGCGACUCCAUCCCUGCCUUCGACGCCUUCGAGGAUCUCAGCGACGCCGAGGGAGGUGUCUCCAACCAGGCUCCCGCCAGUGGGGGCCUGGAGGCGGGCGGGGCGCAGCCGCGGGCUCCCCGCACCCGGGACGCUGCGGACCUGAAUGGGGUGAGGGCCAGCCAGCCCCCGCUCCCUGCGGGCCUCCUGGGGUUGAUGGACGGCUUCAAAGCAUCUAAGGUCCUGCUCACGGCUUGCAAGCUCAACGUGUUCGAUGUUCUGAAAGAUCGAGGCCCCCUGACGGCUGCGGACGUCGCCCGCGAAAUCGACGCCUCGGUGGACGGCGCCGAGCGCCUGCUGGAUGUAUGCGCGGCCCUGGGGCUGCUGCAGAAGGCGGGCGGAGGUUACAGCAACAUGGAGACGGCCAGCCUUCACCUGGUGUCGGACGCCGAGCAGUCCCUCCACGGCCUGGCCGCCUACCUCGACGGGCCCGUCUGGGGCGCCUUCACGCACCUGGGCCGGGCCGUGCGGGAGGGGGCGGCAUGGAUCCCGGAGCCUCUGCCGCAGGCCCCCCACAAGCAGAGCACGGAGGCGACCCUGCAGUUCAUGAGGGCCUCGCACGGCCUCAGCAAGCUGACCGCCCACCACGUGGCCACGGCCUUUGACCUGUCCCCGUUCACCUCCGCCUGCCACCUGGGAGGCUGCACGGGCGCCCUGGCCCACAAGCUUGUCCAGGAGUACCCGCGCCUGCAGGUGACCGUGUUUGACCUCCCAGAGGUCAUCGAGCUUGCGGGGGGCUUUCAGGCCGGCGCACGGCCGUCGGAGCGGGUCCACUUUGUGCCAGGUGACCUUUCCAGCGACUGCCUCCCGCCCGCAGACCUGUACGUUCUCUGCAGCCUCGUGCACGGCGGGCCUGACGACAGACUCCACGGGCUCCUGAGCCGGGUCUCCCGCAGCUGCAGAGCAGGCGCUGGCCUCCUGCUGGCCGAACUGGCGCCCGCGGAGGAGGAGGAGGCCGGCGGGGCGGCGCGGAGGUCCCCCGGGCUGCGGAUCCUCGGGGCGGGGCGGCCCCCGAGGGGCCCCGGGCAGUACCGGCGCCUCCUGCAGGGGCUCGGCUUCCAGGAUGUGCAGGCGGCGCGCGCGGGAGACCUGCUGCACGUGGUCCUGGGGACCCGGGCCCCGCCCUGA